GAACCCGUAGCUUAACAAUGGGAAUGUUAGAUGUUAUCCCUAAAACACUCCUGCUUUCUGAUGAGGUGACCGCCCUGGGAGUCCAGACCCUUGACCCGGGAUGGCGUUCCGAUCCGAUUCUUAAAAUAUGCUUCGUGAUGUGUUUUCUGCCUCUGACAGGACACAGUAGAACUCAUCGAGUUAUAUCUUUUAUAGCCUUCAAGUUUUUUUAAAUUUUCGUGUAUACCUAGUAUUCAGGACUGGAAUAGCUGUGAUCCCACUUGGUUUUUAGAGUAUGCAAGCGGAGACACGGG